AUGCUAAUACGCUUCCGUUUUCUUCUUCCGCUGGUACUUGGUGUGUGGCAGAUUCAAAGUUCUCCGGUUCAGAUCAAUAAUGAAACUGCCGAUCGUAAAACAAAAGCCGAGGAAUUAUUGAAAUACAUGAAUAAAUCGGUGGAUUCUUGUGAAGAUUUCUAUGAUUAUGUUUGUGGUAAUUAUGCCACCUAUAAUCCGGCAACAAUUGAAGAACCGGGCACGGGGCUGCCGGAGACCUUGCAAAGUAAACUAGAUGCGAAAAUUAAAACAAUUUUAAAUACCGAUGAUAAGGAUGACUCUGAUGCGGAUCGGAAAGUGAAAAGCUAUUUUCGCUCGUGUUUGCAAAUAACAGAUUUGGCAGAGAAGUACCCUGCAAAGCUGCAGGAGAUUAUUAAAGAAUUUGGUGAAAUGCCAGCCUUGGUGGGUGAUAAAUGGCAGGAGACGGAAUUCGAUUGGCUUGAGGUGGUGGGCAAAAUUGUUCUAUAA